AACGUUCAUCAUUCAAUCUCCAGGUCCAACCCAGCGCACAUCUCAAGUGGUGGUGGUCAUUGAACGGUAUUUCCCGUUCCAAAAUUUGGCCAGGUCCAAAAUCAGCGACUCUCAAAAUUGCGUACGUUUAAACUUCAAGACCUGAAUCCACGUCUGAACCGCGAAAGUUCUGGCGAGAUAAGAGCACAACCCACAGCGCUUCCUAGAAUUUCGUUCAACCGUUAUCAUCCACUUUGACGAUGGUGGUGAGGUAAUUCAGUCGCUUCGCAAUGUUGAUCGCGAUCGCAGCGUUGCUCGUUCUGGGCGGUUCCCACGCGUGUGAGCCGCCCCUCGCAAAGGCGCAGGUACGCUGUGGAGUUCCAAAGUUGGUUCUGGACGGAGCGGCGAUACCGAGUCGGCCGUCCGAGGCGAUUCGGGGCGAGUUUCCGUGGCACGCGGCGUUGUACCACGAGAACGGGGGGAGCUUUCGGUACUGCUGCGGAGGAUCGCUGAUCAGCGAGCGGUUCGUGCUGACGGCGGGUCACUGUGCGGUCAACCAGAACAACGGGUACCAGCUGGCGACGCGCAGGGUGAAGGUUCGGCUGGGUGGCCACGAGUUGAAUGGGGGCGAUGGUUGUGUCCAGGAGGUGGGAGUGAGGAAGAUUCACGUUCAUGAGGGUUUUAGUGAGAACGAUCGGAAGCACGACUUGGCGUUGAUUGAGUUGAGUGAGGCGGUGGUGUAUACGAGGUGGGUUCUUCCGAUAUGCGUUGAUUUGAGUGAUUCGGAGGACAGUAACUUUUACCGACAGCACGGGAAGGUUCCAGGUUGGGGUUACACCGAGCUGGAUGCGGUGUCGGACUGGCUCCGGAUGACCGAGCUGCCGAUCGUGAACUAUACCACUUGUUUGGCGAGCAAUCCAGGGGUGUUUGCGGAGACGAUCUCGGAGGGUAUGUUCUGCGCGGGGUACGCCAACGGAACGAGUGUUUGUAAUGGAGACUCGGGUGGUGGAUUGGUGACGUUUAGGCGGGAUCAUUGGGUCUUGCGAGGAGUGGUGUCUUUUACAAGUCUUCGAGAAGGUGAGCUAACGCUAUGUGACAGUGAAGACUACGCGGGGUUCACUAAGGUGCGCUUCUACCGCAAGUGGUUGAAGAAGAUUCUGAGUGAAGAGGAGCAGGUGGACACUCCUCAGGAUUCAGGGGAAGAUGAGCAGCUUGGGCCUUGCGGUGAACGUAAGAUCAACAAACGGAGUCUGAUUGUGAACGGUGUCCGGAGUUACGCUGGCGAGUGGCCGUGGCAUGUGGCGAUCUACGAGAUUGAAGGUCGCUCCAAGCGGUACAUCUGCGGUGGAACACUAAUCAGCGAUCAGUUCGUGAUGACGGCUGCGCACUGCUUGGUGGAUGAGAACCGUCAGCAGCGUACCGGUACGAUCGUGGUUCAGCUGGGUCAGGAUGACCUGUUUGAGAGUUCCGUUCACAUGCGGGAGGUUCGUGUUAGUAAGGUUACGCCACAUGAGGCAUUCGAUCCGGUGGCCAAGUCGAACGACAUCGCACUGUUGGAGUUGUCGAGUACCGUGCUGUUCAACAACUACAUCCAGCCAGCUUGUCUGCCCAAAAAGGACGACAGCUUGAACCUGUUGGGGGCGCUUGGGGCCAUCAUCGGCUGGGGAUACCAGCAGCCAUGGUCGUUCAUGAUCUCGAACACGUUGCAAUCCGUACGGGUUCCAGUGGUCAACACGAGCAACUGCGCCACUGGGAAGGAUUUUGGUGCGGAAUUGGACGGAGUUCUGUGCAUUGGGUCUGCAAAUGGUUCCAACGCUUGCACCGGAGACUCCGGUGGUGGAAUCAUGUUCGAAAAAGAUGGAGUGUGGACCGUGGGAGGAGUCAUAUCUGCGCUGGAUACCGUGAAUGGAUUCUGCAAUCCGGAUGGGUUCUUGAAAGCAGCCAAUACGGAACACUUUGUGAAGUGGGUUAAGAAAGUGGUUAAGUCCACCCUCAAAAGCAUAUUCGGUGGCAAGGAUCGCGUCAUGUCCUUCCUCAAAACCGGCACCGACUACCCGACAACUGCCCGAAACGACGUCUCCGGCACGCCCACCCCAUAUCCGGACGGGUCGUCGCACGUCCAUCACCAUCACCACCACUACUACUACGAUCCGGUCACCCAGAGGACCCGUGGCCAUCCCCACCACCGGCAUCGGCACCACCACGACUGUAAACAAAAGGACGACAGCCGGUCCUCCUCCUCGGAGAGCAACGAAAGCGGCGACAGAACCGGCCUGAAGGCACCAAUCAAAAAGCUGCUCAAGACGAAAAAGUGCCUCAUCAAGGACUUGAAGGAUACGCUGCUGUCGAAAUUGUUCUAAGAGUGGAAAAAACUACCCACGAGGAGGCUUCAUUAGCUCGGAUGUUUGUGAUAGUCGGUUGUUGUUGUUGUUGUUGGUUGUUUUCCUCUCAAGUGUUAUGGAAAACAUGACCCAAUUUCGUAAUUACCAGCAAUCUCGUGAGUGUGUGUGUGUGAUUAAAUGACAGUUUGUCGGGUAAGAAAAGCUCAAGUGUGACACUUUAUGGACAACUUGGCUCAAAGAUGAGCUCAAGAACUGUAAGCCUAAUGGACAGACAGCAUAGAUGUCGUAAUACUCGUAUAUUUGUAAGAUAAUGCUCAAUAAAAUUGUUUUAAUGUUCAUA